CGGGCCGGCCUUGUGGCCUCGUCAAGUUUUGUUCCCCUCACGCCGUCACCGCGUGCUGUGAAAAUUCAGGCGGCGACCCACGUCGGCGGCGGUCGGCUACCCGCACGCACCGCCGCAACAAGCCCGCCUCUUCUUCCUCGCCGGCGCCUUCCUCGUCUACCCGUACUAGUAAUGGAGAAGUCUCACAACAACACUCGAUUUGCUCCCUUCAGAGAUGCUCCAUUCGCUCUCCGUGGUGCCCUUGGUAGCUCAGGCUCAUCGUUCAUCAGCAUCGAUGGCUUCAGGCAUCCCUCAAGUCUUGAGCAAACUAGGGGCUUCACAUCUGGUCCCCUAGGAGCUCUGCGACCAAAAAUGCUCCCAUCUGGAUGCCGAACCCUGCACACAAGCCGUCCUCUGUCGGCUCCUGUUGCUAAUCGCCCCCUGUCACCCCACCUUCCUUUGAAGAAGCCGCAGAUGAGCGCUACAUUAUCUAUCUCGCACCGCAUUGUUGGUGCUGCAUUGGGUGCUGCCAUUGUGUCCAUUCCUCUCGCCACCAAGUUCAGCCUCAUGUUUGAUGUUUGAGAUUUGAGAUGCAACCUGCAUUUGGUAAGUCAUUCCUGUGACUUUCUCAGCAUCUGGAUGACCGGAUUGCCUUGCAUCGCAACUGUAGGUGCAGUUGGAAUAACAUGUUGCCAUUCUUGUGGACUUGUGAAUAAUAAAUCAAACAUGCAAUGAUCCUUUUCUCCCUGUGAGAGAUGAUGUUUUAUGUUAAGUUUUACCCA